AUGGAUGAAUGUGUAAUAACUGUUCAAGUUCUUGGGAAAACAAGAAAUGCAGUCAUUGCCGGCAAACCCACUUUAUCGAAGAAGCGUGCAAUGGAGAAUAGGCUUAAUACUUUGGGUGCAGAGUUAAGGCAGUUUGGUAAAACAAACAAGGUUUUGGAUCGCCGUCUGGGAGUCAACGACAGGACUGUUUCUGAGGAAGAAAAAGUCUCAAAGCGUUUUAUAGCGGAAAGGUUACGCCGCUACGAAGCAAAAGACGAUUUAGGUGAUUCGAAAAAUGAAGAUGACAUUUUAACUCACAAAGGAUCCGCACUGACCUCGAUUCAAAAGUACGAUCGCGCUUUUAGCGAUGACGACGAUGAUGACGAAGAUGAAGUCGACGCAAACACCGUUUCACUUGCACACUUUGGAGGGGGCAGUGAACCUACGACUGUUGAAAGUGAGGACAGGAACACAAGACGUAAAAACGUGCUAGCAGAAUUAAUUGCAAAACAAAAGCAACAGCGUUUUGAGAAGAGGAUGGCGCGCGAUGAACUGGAAAGUGCGACCGACCGCUUAGAUGAAAAAUGGAGAAAACUUAUGCAGAAAGGUGGUAUAGGAAAUUUAAUGGGCACUGGAAAGAAAACAAACGAAAACCAAUUACCUGACGACUACGACACACUGGCACGACAAAGCCAAAGUGUUGACGAAAUAAUUAAGAAAAAAAGUCAGAAAUCUGAAGUGUUUGAGGCUGUAUACGACGCAGAUGGGAAACUCAUCAAUGCCGAUAAGGUGCAGAAGCCUCGUAUUAAGAUAGUUCGGGUUGAGAACGAGUCGUCUGACGAAACUGUUUCAAUGACAGAUGAGAUGGAGGGUGAAAACGAGGAAGAAACCUUGGAUCAAAUGGUUAAAGAAGAUAAUGAGAGUGCCUCAGCUCUAAAAGAUGCGGGACCGUCGCAUCAGUUUGCCUCACUAGUCAUGCCAGACGCCUACAACGACCUGAAAAACUUUCUCCGUAACAAGUCCGCCGAGGAGAUUGCUCCAGUAAUCUCACAAUUAGUGGACUGUUACCAACCAAACUUGCGAGAGGGGAAUAAGAAGAAACUAGCUCGUUUGAUGCUUUAUUUGAUAAGGUUUUACGAUGACCUUGCCAUUGAGGGACCAAACCAAAUCGAGAAACUUGCAGCCCUGCACAAGAGCAUCUUCCAUUUACUAAAGUUCAAUUCGGACUACGGCGCCCGAUGUUUGCGAGCCGUUAUUAGACAACAGAGGAAGCAGUACGUCCAGUCGCUACACAAAAUUUUUGAGUUUCGGAUAAUUGCACUGGUCACUUUGGUACAGAAAUUGUUCCCGGUGUCCGAUGUUUUCCACCCUGUUUGCACGCCAACGUAUCUGCCUGAAGUGGUUGCGUAUUUGCGUGGGAUAUUCUUAGUUUCUGUGGAACAUAAUGAAGACGAAAAGACACCAACAGCCACUUUCCCAAUAUCCUCACCGCACAGGACGAUGCUUCUUGUUAAGAAUGACUGUUCAAAUCUGGAUGAACCUCUAGUACUUGAAGUAAAGAAAGUAUUUUCUGCAGAUGAUACAGAGUUCAAGGACAAUGACUACAAUAAACUUUGUGUUUUACGCGCAGCUCUCGCAGCUACAUCAGCGAUGGUCUCAACAUAUUCGACGCACAUCUUCACAUUUAGUGCAACCUUUGGACCAUUCUUGAAAUUAUUCUCCCGGUUACCGAAACAGAAUUAUCCAAAAGUACUUCGAGAAGAAAUUGAGAAUUUGGAGUCUGCCAUUUUGGCUACCUGUAAAACAUGCAGCCCAUUACAGCAGCUCCACCGAACAAAGAAAGAAAUCAAAAUGCUUGAAAUGCUUGAACCCCGAUUUGAACCUCAUUUCAAUGCAGAAAGAAAGCACUCACUAAGAAAGGAUAAGGACCCAGCGCUUGAAAGAAGAGUGCUCAAACGGAAAAUUAAAAGCGCUACAAGAGACGCAGUAAAAGAGUUAAGGAGAGAUAAUCAAUUUUUGGCGCUUUCCUGCUCCAAUUUUUUACCUCUUUCUACUGAAUCCUUUAUCACCUUUAGAGAAAAACGGAGACAAAUCGCAGAGGACGACAGAAUUCGUAAACGAAAAACGAGAAAAUUGCUCAGAGAAUUACAGGGCCAGGAAAGUGAAUACAAGAAAAGCCUUUAUAUGAAAAAGAAAGGAUAA